AUGGGGCCCGCAGACCCGCCGCCGAGCCGCCCCCCGCCCCCCUCCCCUGCACCGAGCUCCGCCGCCGGCCGGGCAGGCGCGAUGGCUCCGGAGCCGCCUCCCCGCUCCGCAACGCCGCCCCCGGGGCGCGGCCUGCGCCCGGCCUGGCACCGCCCCGGCACCGGGACCGCCCCGGCACCCGCAGGGACCGGGACUGGCGCCGGGACCGGGACUGGGACCGAGACCGCACCGAGACCCGCACCGCCCCGAGAUCGCCCCGGGACUGGCAUGGACCGGGACUGGGACCGAUACCGGGACCGCCCCGGCACCGACACCGGGACCUUUUCUGGCCCGUGGGACUGCCCCGGCACCGGCACCAACACCGACCCUGGCACCAGGAUCGGGACCGCCCCGACAUCGACACCGACAUCGGGACCGCCCCAGUACCGCCCUUGGGACCAGCCCGGCACCGGCACCGGGAUGCGGGGCCAGCCCCGAGCCCCCAGCCCGGGCGGGUCCCGCGGCCCUGGGGGCCGGGCCGUGUUUAUUCCCUUUUCCCUGUGUUUAUUCCCUGAUCACUGGGUUUAUUCCCUGCUCACUGUUUAUUCCCCUCUCACUGUACAGCCCGCGGCUCCCCCGUGCCCUGCUGUGCUCUGCCCCACCCCUGAGGUGUUCAAGGAUGGAGCUCUGAGCAUCUCGCUCUACUGA